AUGUCUUACGAUGGGUUAGGUAGCAAGGUUUCCACUUCAUCUCCAGAAUGCAGGUCCUUGAUAAAUCGUGGCGUGCUUAAUUCAUAUGGUUUUAAACGUGAUUUGGCUAUUAGUUGCUUUCAGAAGGCACUCGAGAUCGACAGCGGUUGUCCCAUUGCUCACUGUUUUAUUGCUUACAAUAAUGCAGCGGACUACAACAACCCUGAUGGCUUUGAUUACAGAAAAGGAUACCAUGAGUCCCGAAAAGCACUAGAAAUUGCCUCAAAAAUACCCUCAAUUCCUGACUGGGAAAUGGCAGUGAUAAAGGCACAAACCUAUCGUUUUUGCUGGCCUGUGGGCUCGAAGCCGCUGGACCACCUGCACCAAGAAUAUGCCAAUGCAAUGCGAAAAGUAUAUGAAGAGUAUGGUGAAAAUGACACUGAUAUCAUGGCUCUUUUUGCUGAAUCUCUAAUGAUGCUUGCCCCAUGGAACCUUUGGACCAAACCCCCAGAUAUUAAACCAGCAAUUAAAGAAACAGAAGAAAUAGUUGAAACUCUAGAGAAAGGUCUUAAGAUUGAUCCUCUCCACCCUGGCCUUGCUCAUUUCUAUAUCCAUGCAAUGGAGCAUUCUCCCACACCCGAAAAGGCACUUUCAACAUCUGAUCUUCUCCAAAAUAGAUAUCCUGAUCAAGGUCACCUAUUGCACAUGCCCUCUCACAUAUACAUUUGGGUAGGGCAAUACAAAGAAGCCAUUGAUGCCAACAAAGCAGCUAUAACUUCUGAUAAGGCAUAUAAAGCAAACCAAGAGGCUGAAAUUGAAAUGUAUGAUUUGUAUCGAAUGCAUAAUUAUCACUUUGCUGUUUGGGCAUCUAUGUUUGAUGGGCAAUAUACUACUGCUAUGGAGCAUGCUGGAGAAGUUGAAAAGCAACUUGGAGUGGAUGUUGUCACGUCUACACUUAAUGGAGUAUCUUUUGGUCCAAUUUGGCUAGAAGCAUUUGGAUCUCUUCCUUGGCAUGUCCUUGUACGUUUUGGAAAAUGGCAAGAGAUUAUCAAUAGACCAAUGGAUAAAGACAAGGAUAUUUAUGCUGGAACUACAGCUGUUGCCUAUUAUGCUCGUGCAAUAGCUUUUGCUGUUUUGGGUAGAGCAAAUGAAGCAGAUGCAGAACGUGUAAAUUUCUAUACAGCUUUAAGGAACAAAGCACUUAAAAAUCGUGUUCUUUUCAAUAACGUAAUGCAUAACCCAGUUAGAAAAAAUGGUAUCCUUGAUGUUGCUGAAGCUGUGUUGAAUGGUGAAGUAGAGUACCACAAAGAAAACUUUGAUGAAGCAUUCAAGUGGCUUCAUCUGGCAGUAGAACGUGAUAUUAACCUUAUUUAUGAUGAGCCAAGAGGAUGGAUGACACCAGCAAGACACGUAUUGGGUGCUCUACUGCUUGAGCAUAAAGAGGCAGCUAAGGCUGAAGAAGUGUAUCGUGAAGAUUUAAAGCAAUACAAGAAUAACUUGUGGUCACUCUUGGGUCUGUAUCAAUCUCUUAAGGAACAAAAGAAAAAUGAAAAGGAAGCCGAAGAGGUUUUUCGUCUAUUCAAGAAGGCAAGUGCACGUUGUGAUAACUCAGUUAAUUUUGGAGCUUCAUGCUUGUGUGCUACCAAACUAUGCAAUUAG